CGCUUUUACGUCUCCGCAGCUUUCCGGGCCCUUGCAGCGUCCUCCUCAGAUUGUGCUUCCGGCGUGAAGGUUACGGACAAGAUGGUGCCGCCGGUGCAGGUCUCCCCGCUCAUCAAGCUCGGCCGCUACUCCGCCCUGUUCCUCGGCGUGGCGUACGGAGCCAAGCGCUACAGUUACCUGAAACCUCGGGCAGAAGAGGAGCGGAGGAUGGCCGCCGAGGAGAAAAAGAAGCAGGAUGAACGGAAACGGAUGGAGAGAGAACUGGCAGAAGCCCAAGACGACAGCAUACUAAAGUGAGCCUGCCUUUCUCUGGAAUGGUGUGGACGAAUAAAGCUUUCUGUGUU